CGAAGGAGCAGGUCGAUUUGCAGUUUGGACUGAAGCUGUGGGUUUCUCAGAGCGGAUUAGGCCUCCUUAUGAGUAACUGCACUCCUCUCCUCGUCUCGGUCACAGUAGUGACUCUGUGCCUGAGCAUCGUUCUCAUCCAGGAGGUCAGAGUUUUAAAAACGGAUCUCAAGGGAAUUAAAAGGGAUCUCCUCUCCCCUCUGGUUCAUCGGUCACUGAAAGAGUUUGGAUAUGGACUGUUUAUGUCUAACAUGUGGGAGCAGCAUUCAUUUGUUCGGCCUCGGAACAGACACGAGGAAGACGUCUGGACCAACCAGGCAUCAUUCUUGCAGAUGGCAGCCAUGGUAAAUGAAAAGCCCAUACAGAGAGGUAAUGUGACGGUAAUUCCAUGGACUGUUUCCAUCCAACAAGGUUCCGCUGUCACAGCAUCAGAUAACAAAAUAGUCGUCCAACAAGACAGUUACUUCAUGGUAUUUGGCCAGGUUCUGUAUCACGACCGAGGAGCCAUCAUGGGCCACCUGAUCCGCCAGCAGCCAUCCAGUGCGUCUGGAGGUGUGGGGAGAUACCGAGACCUCUUCCGCUGCCUGCAGGAGAUGCCCGGGGAGGAGAACAGCGCCAACACAUGCUACACCGCAGGGAUUGUGAAGCUGGAACACAACGACCAGCUGGAGCUGGUCAUCCCCGAUCGGCCUCACGCACAAGUAGCCAUGGACACGGAAUCAACCUUCUUCGGAAUCAUUCAGCUGCAGUAAACAAAGGAACCUCCCCCAACCCAUUCCGCUUCACAUAUCUUGUCUGACAACCACAGAAUGGGCUGGAAUAUAUUCUGCAUACUUGAUGUUCAGUAUACAGUGCUCUUUUCAUUUGAUGUUAAAAAAGAGGGGGGGGGGGGGGGGUGGCUGCCUGUGUUAUUGUACUCAGUUGACAAGACAAAAAUAGGCGUACUGAAGGCUCUGCUCUCUGUGCAAUCAGUAAGACCCAAUGUCACGCUGACGGAUGACACAGCCAGUCUCUGGGACCGGCAGAUAACCUCACACCCGGAAGGUCGAGUACAAACUGUGACAGGCCACUGUCACUGCAUCUGCGAAACAGGAUGUUGAACUCUGCCACACAGAGCAAACGGAGACGAGAUAUUCUUACAGGAUUUCAAUGAGAAGGAAAAAGAGAGAAGAAAAAGACAAAGCUUAUAGGCUUGAGCAAAAGAUCUGUCAGGACAGUUUCAUUAUAGAUGCUUAACACAGAUGCCUUGAAUGGCAAUUCCUUACAGCUUACUAUAAAUACACAUGCACACCUACACACAUCAUCUCUGCAUAGCCUACACUUUUUUUUUUCGACCCUGCUACUCUGUCAAUAGGUUUAUUUCGGUCUCUUUGUUUACCAUUCUCUGGCUUUGUCCCACAAGCACCAGCCUCAGAGUGCCACACACUGUUGUUUAUUUGGCUUUCUAUUUGGAAGAGGUUUCCAUAUCCCAGGAUGGUAUAUCAGGAACAAACAAAACAGGGCUUUGCCCAGCUUGCGGGGAGGGGGUGGGGGGGUGGGGGGGGUUGGGGGGCUGGUGCAAUAAUUAUUGCAAUCGUGUUGAUGAAUCAUAGUGACAGACGAUCAACAAAACAUGUGUCACAUGUUUGUACAUUUGAAAGCUCACUGGAAUUGUCUGUUUACUACUGAGGCAACAGUUACAUAUUCUGACCACAACAGAGCACAAACGAGGAGAAAACAAUUUGCAACAGAGUUACAAGCAUUUUCCAGUCUCUUCAGAAGCUGACGGAGGGUCAGAGGGUGCUGACGAUGACUGAGUUUGCUGCAGGAAUUCUCAAAAACUGCUGGGAUUUUGAGGGGGGGGGUGGGGAAUUGUGAUUCCACUAAGAUCUUUGUGUGGGAUUGUUGCGACUGUUGUGGCCAAAAGUUUAAAUAUUAGGGUUGCAAUUGCAAUGAUUUUGAGUUAAAUAAAAUCAAUCACAAAUAAUGAAGAAAUUCUACAACUUAGCAGUUUUUUGAUGAAACAUUAUGGUAAUAUGAGAACAUUGCACCCUGUAUUAUAGAAGGAUACUGUAAAUAUGUAAAUAUACAUUAUUGAAUCAUUUUUUGUUUACUUUACAACAGCGGGAAAAAAACAAUCCUAGAAUAUUGGUUUAAUACAGAGAUAAAUGUAUAUGGCUAACUUGGAAUACUCAACAGCCAGAUUUAACCGAGGGAAAGCCCCAAACUGUGUCUGCCUGGGGGAUACGUAGUGGUAGAACUGAAUGAGCUCCCCAGAGACCAAUAACGCAUGUGUCUGUAAAAUGUUAUUGUACUUUUAUUAAGUGGUGUACAACUGUUUUCCUUGGUUUUUAUUGUGAUGACGGUCAAUGUUUGUGUAGUUUUGUUUAUGUUCUUAAACUUUUAAUAAAAAGUUAAUCACAAAAAAAGUAAAUGUACUGUACAUCAUUUAUACAUGGAUGUAUGACUUGGUUUCUAUGCCAGCCCUCUCUGUCUGUUUGUAUAAGUGAAUGUUUGUGUGUGUGUGUGUAAGAGAGAGAAAGUAUUUAUAUCUACGUCCAAUAUGCACUAAAGGGGUGUCACAGCCCAUGUGUUGA